GCGCUGAGGGUUCGGUUGGAUCUUCAGAACCGCGGACGGUCUCCUCCAGCAUGCGGGCUCCUCGCGCUGCGCUCAGUCCCGCCCUGUGGAUGGGGGUUCUGGUUCUGGUUCUGUGGAGAUCGGGGGUCUCGAGCCAAGAGGAGGUGGGUCCGACAGGUUCGGUUCUGGGUGGAGGUGUGAGGGAGGGUGGGGGUGGAGCUGCCGCUGUGGGUCAGGAGCUGCUGGAAUCGGUUUUGGCUCAUAAAGAUCAGCUAUUGGCUCAGAAGGGUGUGGAUCUGCCCACGGCGCUGCCGGCCGAGCUGCUGCCAGUGCUGAGGAAGGGCCUGGGUGCCGGGUCCGGUGCCGGGGGCGGGGCUCUGUCCCCCGAGCAGCAGCAGCUCCUGAGGAAGAUGCUGCCGGCUCACGGCGACGCCCACCACCCGACUCCACCCCCCGCCACCGAGCCACUCACAGAGCCGCCCGAAGCUCCGCCGGUGAUCAGAACCACCACCCCAGCUGCCACCGGCACCGGACCUGCCACCAGCACCGCUCCCAGAACCACCGCGGACCCAGAGGCUGAGCCGGAGGUGCUUCCCUCAGCGUUGUCGAGCUGCAUGAUUAAUUUCUCGGAUCCGGAGGGGUACAUCGACUCGUCAGAUGAUCCGCCGCUUCCUGACGGGGCGUUCCUGCAGUGCACGUACACAGUGACGGUUUACACGGGAUACGGAGUGGAACUGCAGGUAAAAAGUGUGAACCUAUCAGAAGGUGAGCAGCUGUCAAUCAGAGGCAUCGACGAGGGCGGGGCUUUACUGGUGCUCGCCAAUCAGACGCUACUAGUGGAGGGUCAGGUGAUCCGCAGCCCGACCAAUACGAUCUCAGUGUUCUACCGCUCGUCGCCUGAGGGGGGCAUGGGCAUGUUCCAGCUUCACUAUCAGUUGUUCAGGCUGAGCUGUGCUCUGCCCAGGCGGCCGCACUUCGGGGACGUAUCAGUGCUGGAUCUGCACCCAGGGGGCGCUGCGCACUUCACCUGCCACAUGGGGUAUCACCUGCAGGGGGCAGCGACGCUCACCUGCCUCAACGCCUCCCUGCCGGUGUGGAGCCAGCGGGAGCCCGGCUGCAGAGCUCUGUGUGGAGGCGUGGUGAAGAACGCCACCGUGGGGCGAGUUCUGUCCCCGUCUCCUCACCCCGGACCCAACAGCACUCUGGACCGGAGCUGCUCCUGGUCCCUGGAGGCUCCCAGCGCUCAGAGAUUACACCUCCACCUGGAGAGGAUGGUGCUGGGACCCACAGACAGGCUGGUUCUGUGGAGUGGUUUAGAUGCCGGUUCUGUGGUUCUGUUCGACUCUGGUCAGCGCGGUCCGAUCCCGUUUGAAGGAGUUAUCAGUGAAGGUCCUGCAGUGAGAGUCCAGUUUAUAACGGAUCAGCCGAACAGCCACAACACCGGCUUCAACAUCCGCUACGAGGCGUUUGAGAAAGGUCACUGUUACGAGCCGUACAUCCAGAACGGGAACUUCAGCACCACGGACGGGGGGUACGGCGUGGGCGCGGUGGUGCAGUUCUCCUGUGACCCGGGUCACUCUCUGGAGCAGGGCCCGCCCGUCAUCGAGUGCAUCAACACCCGCGACCCGUACUGGAACGACACCGAGCCACUGUGUAAAGCUCUGUGUGGGGGGGAUCUGUCCGGACCCAGUGGGGUGAUCCUCUCCCCGAACUGGCCGGAGUGGUACGGGGAGGGGGAGGACUGCAGCUGGAGGAUUCACAUGGGGGAGGAUAAGCGUGUUCUUCUGGAUGUUCAGCUGCUGAAUCUCAGUGACAGUGACAUGCUGACCAUCCUGGACGGGGAUGAGGUCACCACCCGUAUCCUGGGUCAGUAUGUGGGCGGGACCAGUCCCUUCAAACUGUCCUCCACCACCCCCGACCUCACCAUCACCUUCCACUCCGACCCGGCGGGGCUGGUGUUCGGGAAGGGGGAGGGCUUCAUCAUCAACUACAUGGAGGUGUCCCGUAACGACUCGUGUCCGGACCUGCCGGAGAUCCAGAACGGCUGGAAGACCACGUCUCACGCAGCGCUGGUGCGAGGAGCCCGGAUCACGUAUCAGUGUGACCCCGGCUACGACCUGGUGGGACGAGAGACGCUCACCUGCCAGCUGGACCUGAGCUGGAGCACCCAGCCGCCCUUCUGCGAGAAGAUUAUGUACUGUACGGAUCCGGGUCAUGUGGAGCACUCUGUAAGAACCCUCUCAGACCCCAAACUGCUGGUGGGAACCACUAUUCAAUACAGCUGUAAUCCCGGCUACAUCCUGCAGGGCGGCGCCACCUUAACCUGCUACGGCCGAGAACCCGGAACCCCUGUCUGGACCUCCAGACUACCCCACUGCGUCUCGGAGGAGUCUGUAUCGUGUGAGAAUCCAGGUCUUCCAGAGAACGGUUAUCAGAUCUUGUCUAAGAAGCUUUAUCUGCCGGGAGAGUCUCUAAGCUUCAUGUGUUAUCAGGGCUUCGAGCUGAUUGGAGAAAUCGCCAUCAAAUGCAUUCUGGGAAAUCCUUCGUUUUGGAGCGGGCCGCUGCCGCUGUGUCGAGCCAAUCACGAGUGUUCUGGAAACCAUGCUUUAGAAGUGGCUGAAGCUACAGAGUCGUCUCUGGAUGGUGGGAGCAUGGCUCUGGCCAUUUUCAUCCUGGUCCUGCUGCUGUCCGUCCUGCUCGGAGGAGCUUAUAUAUAUCUCACAAGGUGUCGGUAUCACUCCAACCUGCGCCUGCCCCUCAUGUACCCCCAUCCCUACAGCCAGAUCACUGUGGAGACCGAGUUCGACAACCCGCUGUACGAAACCGGAGGAGAUACGAGAGAGUACGAGGUGUCGAUAUGAAGAGAGGUGAACCAGAGGAGGAGGAACUCUCAGAUGCAGAAACCCCGUAACUCCCGCCCUGAGAGGAAGUGAUGUAAAUAGCUCCUGACAAAUCCACUGCUGCCCCCCCACCCCCCCACACUGCACAAACUCAAAUCUUACAACUUAAAUCCUCAUAAAUCACAUUAAAUAUCUGAUAUUCAUUGUUUUUGCAUUGUUGUCAGAAUUCAAUGAGAAUAUUUGACUUAUUUGUAACCGAUUCGUCCUUGUUUUAAGUAAUUUUAUCUAAUGAAAGUGUAUUAAUCUAUUCUAUUGCAUUAUUUUUUAUAUGCAAAAUGAUCUGCCAAGCAUAGUACAAUAAAUCUCUUAAUUCUAACUCAAGUACAAGGAAGUGGUAAUAAAUAAGUAAUUCAUGCAUUAAUAAUUAAUUACUGUAUUAAUUAAUGUAUUACUAAUAAACUAAACAUGAGAAAUGUGAGAUAUUUAAACUACAGUUAGGAGGAUUAAACUUGCUGAGAUAUGAGUUUUUGCAGCCUGAUCAGGGUCGAGAGAGAGAGAGAGAUAGAGAGAGGUAUAGAUAGAAUAGGGAAGGGAGGAGGAGAGGGAGGGGAUGGAGGUGAAUCAUUGGACGAGAGACUGACUGUGUUUUUAUCAUGUGAUCUGAACAUUAUGCACUUACAGCAGGAGGUCCUCGUUUAAC